AUGGCGACAACAGUGUCCCCUUUUGCUCGCAGUUCUGCGUUUGAAGAGAGUCUUUUAUCUGCGAGGGAGCAGACGAUUGAAGAAAUGUACAGUGUCCCAGAGAGUUUCUUGGAGAUUGAGGUCAGGAAUCCGCAGACACAUGGUUUUGGAAGGAAAAUGUACACCGAUUACGAAAUUGUGUGCAAGACCAACAUCCCUGCUUUUAAGCUGCGCCAUUCGCUUGUUCGCAGGCGAUACUCCGAUUUCGAGGCCUUUCGAGAUAUCCUGGAGCACGAAUCUACCCGUGUCAACAUCCCCCCUCUCCCAGGAAAAGUCUUUACCAACCGCUUCUCUGAUGAGGUCAUCGAGAGUCGGCGUGAGGGGCUCGAAAGGUUCUUGAGCAUUGUAGCUGGGCACCCUCUUCUGCAGACUGGAAGCAAGGUUUUGUGUGCUUUCCUUCAAGACCCUGCCUGGGACAGGGCCCAAUGGGUGUAA